AUGGGCCGACCAAAAGACCUUCCUCCCUCCUACGAGGAGACGGUGGCUAGUGAUUCCAAUCUCCCCGCCGCCUCCCGGCCAGCACCACCACCACCUCCUCCUCCAACCACUUUCUCCUUUCCUCAACUCCCCGAUACCCCCAUCCCGGACAGCAGACCCUAUCACAGCGUCCACUCAGGCAACCGCGACUCUUCGACGGUUACCCUCGCCCCAUCCCUCAGCGAAGAUGCCUCGUCCCUGCACGCGCUUAUCACCCAGCAAGCCGAGUUCCCGCCGCGACCGUACCUGACCGUGCGCGGUUCCCACACCGAGACCCGCCACGACCACCAUCGCAAGGAGGAUCGAAAGGAGACCGUGGUGGACUUUACCUUCAAGGUUGAUCUCUACGGAUAUAUAGUACGCCACGAGCAUGGAACCCAGCAGUAUGGUGAUGACGACAACUUGGGACUGGACCUGGACCCAACCCAGGAUGGAUGGCAUGUGCUGAGUGUCGUGCGGGAUAAUGAUACGCGAAAGACUUACCGCGGAGGCCGAAUCAAGUCGGAGACAUGGCCGGGCCGUAGAAAAGGGCCACUGGGACAGCGACUGCGACAGCGAGUGUCACAGCGACUGCGCUCACGAUUCGUGCAACUGGAGGGUGGCCUUGAUCCCGAGGCGGCCGGGUUGGUCCGACAGGACGAGGACGGUCCUGGUUUGAUGGGCUGGUGUGAGCGAUACUGCGAUGAUCCGGCUUCUGUUAAAUCGUUCAAAUUCUCCCGCAGCGUUGUCGGCUUCGAUGGCUCCGUUCUCAUCUCCUCAUUAACAUCCCAUCUACGCAGUCUCCACUACAAAGGUGACAUAAGCAUCACUGUCGACAUGGCGAACCGCGACUUAGUAGUAUACAACCCUCACUGGGUAAACAAGCUACGCAACAAUGCCUGGGUAUACUACUUCUGUAUUAUUUGCCAGGUGUGGAUCCUCGCAUGGCCGAUUAUCUGGUUGCUCGAGCGUCGCUACGAUGUUGUCCGCUCGGUGUGGUAUUUCUCGCGAGUUGAGGACGGUGAAACGCGGUAUGCGCGCCAUCGGGAUGAGGCAGCCAUCGCGGAUGAGCUGGCUCCGGCUGUGACGCAGGCGGCGUUGGAGCGGAAUCAGGAUGGGAGGAUCUUGACGGCACCGGAGAUGCGACUGCUCGAUUCAUUGGGGAGAGAGAGACGCGAGCGUGGCGUGGUGGUGAUGCAGUGGGAUCGGUUCCUUGGAUGGGGUGGUGAUAGUUACUCCUAG